ACAGAUAUUGAAUUGGCCUACUCUGGUGGUGAGUUGCUGCUUCUCUUGUUGAAGGUGACGUCCAAGAUCUUCACACAAGCGUUCUCCUGACAAAUCUGGUGAGAACAAUGUCGCGUGGGAGAUGUUGAUGUACCCACUGACGGCGAUGGUGGCGGCGGUGGCGGUGGUGUCGGGCUAGCGGUCUCUACUAUAAUUUCAGCCCAGCAACCCCUGCUCAUCCAGACCGCCAUGAAAUAUUUCAUCUUCGCGAGCGGCAUGCAGGUGAAGUUUGUCGGUGAUGACAGCUUCAUGUUCUGUUACGGGGAGCGAGGGACACGGUGGAAGGACAAGUCAUCUAUUCUGCUCAUUCAUGGAUUCACUGCCUCCAAGGAUCAAUGGCUGGCUCUGUUUAAGAAACUCCCCAAAGACCUUCACCUUAUAGCAGUUGACCUCCCAGGUCACGGGAGUACGAGCACCCCGAAGGAUGAGGACGAUGUGUCUCUCUCAUCGCUUGUUGACCUCCUGCAUAAGUUUGUAAAUCUCUCAGGACUGGCUGAGCAGCCAUUCCACGUGGUAGGUACAUCUCUGGGUGGAGUGAUUGGAGGCCUGUACACAGCCAAAUACAACAGCUACGUGGAUCGCCUCACCAUGGUCUGUCCUGCUAUGAAGACACCUGUGGACAGCGAGUUUUCAAAGCAGAUGUUGGCUGCCAUCGAUAUGGGACCAGACAACCUGGACAUCAGCCACUGUAGUCUGAUACCCCAGACACCAGAGCAGACGCAGAAGAUGCUGGACAGCUGUCUGUACCACAAGCAACCAAUCAACUAUCAGAUAUUAAAAGGAAUUGUUGCCUUGAGGGCACCUAAAAAUCAUUUUUAUCUCCGAUUGUUUAAGAAUCUGGCCCGUGAGGAGAACGUGACUGUGCUUGUAGAGAAGGCGCGGCACAUCAGCCCCCCGACGCAGCUGGUGUGGGGCGAACACGACGAGCUGAUUGACAAGAGUGGUGCUGAAGUCUUGAAGAAAGUUUUGCCAAAUUGUGAGCGUGUGGACAUAAUAGAGCGAUGUGGCCACUCUGUGAAUAUGGACAGACCAGGUGCCGUAAUGAAAACCAUCCUUGUAUUCCGUGGAGAAUAUGACCGAAAAAAUGUCUAGAAGAGUAAAACAAGCACCCCCCAGAAGAAUACAGGAGCAAUUCAUUGGCAGAAUGAGUGUAAAUAGAGUUAGAAAGAGAUGACUCUACAAGUCAAGGUCUUACUGAUCCAAGAUAUAUGUACAGCUAGUCUUCAUGUUUGUAUUUUGUUGCUAACAGGAGAUGGGACUUCAUGGACCUCAUGUCCAUUUCUAGUUAACAUGUGGCAGUUAGCAGCGAGAGACGGACAAUUUCUGCAUCAUAGCUGUUUUUAUUGACCUUUUGUUUGAUAUGAAUUGAUGACACUAAGUUGCUAAUGGCCUCAAGUCUUGUACAACUUGCCAAGAUGUGUAUUGACUCAAAGUUAGUAAACCUUCAUGAGAUGCUUAUUGACUUGGGUCAGUAAAACGUGCUGAGAUGUGUAUUGACUUAAGGCUAGUAAAACUUGCUAAUUGCCUCAAGGCUAGUAAUACUUGCAAAUAUGUGCAUUGACUCAAGGCUAGUAAACUUUAUUAGAUGUUUAUUGACUUGGGUCAAAAACUUGUUAAGAUGUUUAAUGAUUUGGGCCAGUAAAACCUGUUAAGAUGCUUAUCAACCAGGAUCAGUGAAACUUUCUAAUAUGCUAAUCGAGUUAAACACAGACAAGAUUAUCUCCAUCUGUAUGAAAUGGCAAUUCUCUUUUUAGUAAUUAAUCAAAAUAUACAAUUGAAACCUUAUUUUUCCGAUCACAGGUAGUUUGAGUAAUUCAACCAUUAAAUGAGUAUUUCCUAUAUACUUCCUUCCAAUGAAUCAGGGUCUUCUGGGUUGUAUAUGGACUACCAUUUUGUCCCAACUGAAAAUAAUUUUUGUCUUUUCAUCUGUGAGAAGGAAUCUCUUAAUUUUCUGUAGAUAUAUUCAUGAGGGUGUUGAAGGUUUCUGUGAAUAUUUUUUGAGAUAUUUGUUAUGAGGGUCAGUAUGAGUACACGAUACCAUGGCAAGUACAUUCUUCCAGAUUGCAGCUAGUUUUGGAUGUUGUGGCAGUUUGUAUGUAUGUAAAUAUCCGUAGCAAUCAUCAAGACGUAAGGUAGUUGGUAUGAACAGGUCCAGACGUUACGUAUGGAAAUAUCACCUGAUUGUAAUGUUAGAAGCAUUCUUGAGUCCACAGAUUAACUGUCUUCAAGUGUUCAUCUUUGUUCUGACAGGACUGUAUCUUAACAUUGUUGGGGGCAGUGGGGUAGCCUGAUGGUUAAAGCGUUCGCUCGUCACGCCGAAGACCGGGUUCGAUUCCCC